CUGAAGAGAUUACUGGUAGGGCCUGCUUGGAAGACUCAUCUUCACCAGAAGUCGAGGGAGUCAGACAAUCAGGCAGGCAGGUAGUCAGAGCGGCAAGAUUGCAAAGAGGGACUUGCGCGUCAGCAAGGUGGGUAGUGAAGGGGAAGACCCAAUUGUAGGAGGAGCAAGCAGAGAAAGAGAGAGUAGAGGAAGAAGAAGAAGAAGAAGGGAGGGGAGGAGGCGGAAGAGGAGGAGGAGAAAGGACAGUCUACCUGAGUGGGUAACGGAAUUCUCCGUUGCGGCCCCAACUCCUGCUCGUCUCAUCAUCAUCAUCAUCAUCGCCGCUGUGCGUCUGUGUCUUCUUGGAACCCACAGAUCCUUCUACGCCUUUGAAUUCUCCGUUUGUCCUCUUCUACAGAGAUAUUCUUUGUAAUCUGUGUGGUAACCGCCGAAAGGAUAUAUUUCUACUAGAGAUUCAGAAGACCAUGGAACACGCUUCAGACUACAUCAUGAAACCAAUUACAAAUGGAAAGGUAACAGGCAAGAGUAUCUGUAGAUUGAGGGCAACAUCGGCUUUCACCUCACAACCUGAAGGGGCUUUUCGAAGAUGAGAAAAGAUAGCUCUGCUGCAACAUAGGAAGUUACAAAUUGUGUGAUAGAAGUUUCGGGAAGGAACCAGAAUUAAGAGCCAAUGCUUACCGGUGAUUUCCCGUCUUCGAGUCAAUCCCGAGUCAGACAUGCGCAGUUUACCAAUUACAUCGCACUUCCUUGCGGGGAGGAGCCCAUGGACACAAGAGGUAUUUUUCAGUCAUCGUUCGGAAAGUCAACCCCUGCCCAUGGAGACAUCACAAAGAAAAGCUCCAGCGCUUUGGCAUCAACGUUGUCCACCUGCCAGGUCCCAGUUCUAGGCCAUCAUGUAUGCGACAUUAACACAGUCUCGAAACCAGCAGGUGGAGCUAGUUUAUUGGUUGGAUGCGUCUUGGGAAAAAGUUCAAGCAAACCCAAACAUCAAAUACGAGGAUCUAUCAAACGCAAUCCUAGCGAGCGUAAGAAGGAGCUUCUGGUUACAUCAUCCCACGACAGAGGACCAACUUUAAAUGGAAAGGGAAGGCCUGGUACGAUGGCGCUGCCUCGAUCAAUUUCUAUAAAUGCCCUCCGCAUCAGCAACUUGAACUCGCCUCAACCCUCACAGAAAUUCUUAGGGACGACCAUGACCUUCCUUUUUGACAAGGUGGCUAGCAUCACCGAUUGUCGAAGCACUGGACAUUUCGUCCUUCCGAAACGAAAAGUAGAGGAACACUUUCCGCCAAUCAACAAGCCAGGAGGUAUUUGGAUGACACUUGUGGAUGCCGCGGGAAAGGAAUGGUCCUUCGAGUUCUGCUUUUGGCACAGCAAGGAGAGUCGAAUUUACUACUUCAAGAAAUUUUACCCAUAUGUUCAAUCGACAGACUUAUGUGGCGGUGACACAGUCUUUUUCAGCAGGUUGGAGCCACAAGGAACAUUAUUCAUGGGAUUUCGCAAGCAGAAGCCUUCACCACCAAAGCACAUGAAAGCUGUUAAUGGUGGUGAUUCUCAGGACCAGUCCAAAAGAAGAGAGCAAUCAAAUGGAGGGCCAAUAUGCCUUGCUAAUGACUGGAGCCCAUCUCCUGAUGAACUUGCAAACCCACAAGAAAAACCCGUGACAAUGUCAAUAGAUGAAGGAAAUUGUAAGUAUGCUUCGGAAAGAGGUACUAGCCAGUGUAAGAGGAAGAGAAAGAAGGAAUUUCCUCCAGUUUCCCUUUCAAAACGGACCGAGGUUGUAGAUCACUUGGCAGCAGACAAAGCUCUAGUUGAGAAAAAAUCAACGACCAGACUGUCUGUUUCUCCAGAGGCCCCCCAGCAUGUGGAUAAGAUAUCAGGGGUGCUUGGCUCAAAGGGUAAAAGGUUGCGGGUAAACGUAGACGAGUACUCAGAAUGGAAGGACACACAGGAUCUUCUUCGACCAGCUCCGGGUGCUCUCCCAUCAGUUGUUACUAUUGAAGGUCAUGACUUUGAAGAAUACGAGAAACCUCCAAUUCUUAUCAAAAGAUCCUGUUGCAGCCUUGAAGCACGUGGGGAGAGUCAAUGGGUGAAGUGCGAUGACUGUGGAAGCUGGAGAAGACUGCCUGCUGAUGCUUUUGUACCUGAAAAAUGGAACUGCUCUGACAACGAUCGAGAUCUAACAAGGGCUUACUGCAACGCACCACAAGAGCCGAUUCAUCACGAUUCGGAUCAACUUCAGAGAUUCGGUUUAGACGUAGAGGGCAGGAUAAAGGACGAAUCAGAGAGCCGAGAGGAGGUAUAUGAAUAUGAUUGGGCAACCCCUGAGCAACAUCAUUCAGCCCGAGCAGAUGCGUGCGAUUAUAAACAACCCACGCUGUGGAGCGCAGCCAUGACUUUGAUCGAUGGGUCAUUGCGAAGGGGUACUGAUUCAUACUCGCAGCUUGAGAAAUGCUCAACCUACACCUCGGAUUCAGAUUCUCUGGAUCAAAGUCCAAGUAGCGCCUUGCAGUCACCCCGUUUAGAGCAGUUUUGUGAGCUAAUAGAAGAGUCAUCUCCAAUGAGUACAAACUCCCACGCAACAGAAGCGGGGAGAGAUCUCGAGGUAUCAACAGACUGCGAUGAGCCCAUUGACUCAGCCGGAAAUGGAAAAAGAUACGAGAUGACCACAACAGAAUGCUAUGACUUCCUAGGCCCACCUGGCAAGGUUUAAAAUGUGAUCAGUGAUGCAGCAACUUCUCGCCGCCAUGUGAUUCAAUUAUACGUGAGUGUUUGGAGUGUGGAGCAAGAUGGAACGCCCCGACUAAGCUUUGAGCAUCGCUUUAAUCUUCAUUCAAGCCUGCGUCUCGCUGACUUGAGAUAUCAAGUCCCAACCUCCAACAUCUCUCCUGUGCAUGUGGACUCAGUUUCAAUCUGGCAAUGAGAAGACCAAUUUCUAGUCACACAACUCUUCACAUCCACUUGAUAAAGAAAAAAGUUACUCCAGUUUUGGGACAAUCCGCAAAUCUGUCAUGCAGGAUUCGUGGAUUGAAAACGGCAAAGUGGGAACUUUGGGUCUUGUCAGAUUCAUCAGCAAUUAUGAGGCUUCACAGCCCUCGUUCCAUCUGAUAAAUAUUUACAGAUCAAUUCUGGAAGCAGGUUCUUGACCAGUCAAGAGUACUAAUUCUAGAAUCAAGUACAGUGUAUACUCCAUGUGCUAUCUUUUGAGUGCAUCAUAAUGCAUGUAUGGUUGGUACUGUUACGUCACAGUAGGAUGCAUUCAGAAACGUUCAUAGUUUUAGCCAAGUUCCAGGAUAUUCUUCAUACUGAGGUUCUUUGGAAGCGUACCAAUUUUCAAAGCCAGGUACAUGACACAACUUUUAACUUCACUGCUUGAUCCUCUGCAUUUGUCACUAUGCAUAGAUCCUCUGCAUGUGGCAGUUACCAUAGAAUUCGUCUUAAACAGAAUGCCUUGAUUAAUCUCCACAGUAGGGAGAUGGUUUUGAUUUGUAGUGGGUAGAUGGUGACCGGAUUUGCUCAAGCUUAAGUUAGCACAAAUUUACAAGCUUUUUAAAAGCUUAUCUUGAUUAAUUCAUGAAUUGUGCAACUGUUUUUUGUGUGUU